CCUCUCCCUUGUUAUUUAAUAUCUCUGUCCUCCGCUCUCACACCUAGUCACUUUAUCUGUCAAAUCAUGUCCCAGGCUGUGGAACUAACGACCCAUGACGAAAGUGCGAGCAACGUGCCGGUAAUUGAAAAUGUCAAGGGCGAGAAGACGAAGCCUGAACCUGAACCACUCAAUGACGUCCUUGCAUCUCCUGCUUCCGAACAGGCCAAUGGCGGAAUUAACGGAGCUGUCGUUGAUGAAGAGCACGUUGAGAAAGCAUCCAAAGCUGAGCCUGCCGCCGCUCUAACCGAGCAAGUGGUUAGCAGCCCGGUUCAAGAAACGGUGCAGCCUGAACAAGGGGUUCCUGUGAAGGAUGAAAAGGAGCUGAAUGGGAAUGCACUUCCCGAUGCUGGUCAAGCAAAUGGUGAUGCUAAGGGACAUGUCAAGCUUCCUGAAAGCGACACCGUCCCUGCUAAGCCAGUGGACGAAAAGGAUGAUUGUGUUAAGAAGCCUGCCAGGAGGACGAGUAGCGCACUAUCGAGCAUCGUUGAAAAGACAAAAUCAACAGUGAUGUUCCUCCCAAGAGGCCGAACCUCCAGGAGGACUGCGACUCCCCAUGGCGGUGGUCAUCAUCAAAGCAGUAACGGAGGUUGCACUAUAUUCUGAAUCAUUUGACUAUGCAGUUUGGUUCACACACUCAUUACUUGCUUUCGAUUCGCUAUGUUAUCAACGUUUCGCAUGCAUUCGCACCUUUUGACGCAUUUUCGUCUGUAUUGUUAGAUUUGUUAUCUCUUUAUGCAUUCUGAUUUAUUUACUUUUCAUUAUGACGCAAGUUGCGCGUGGAGGUACUAUUUAUUGUGCAACUUGAUCUGCAUAUUCUGCAUUUUACGAUUUUAUUUUAUUUUAUUUCCCCCAUCCUACACCUUGUUACUCAAACGUCCUACCAAAACACAUUGUCAUUUCCCGAAAGCUCAAGUUUGUACAGAGCUUGUAGCAGAUACACCUAGAUAACGAGUAUGUAGCGUCUCUAAAAUGAUUAUUUUACUU